AUGAUUCUGUCUGACGGGAUUUUGAGGGCUCGUCUGGUCCCGACGGUCCCAGCUGGCGUCUACCGAUCUCUGCCGAUAGAUCGGUGGUUGUUUGGUCAGCUCGUGCUGUCUUGUCUUGUGCUGUUGUUUCUGACGCAUUAUUUUUGUGGUACCAAAGACUGCCUUAACAGGAAGUGCUGGAGGUCUUGUGCUCUCGAUGCUGGACAGAGGCAUGGAGUCACAUUUUACACGCGAUGGGGACUCUUCUGCCCGAUAAGCCUUGCUAGUGCCGUUAUUGAUGUUGCUGCUAUUGUUGUGAUUUGUGUUGUUAGCAUGGACAGGCGAUUGGCUGAAUGUGGCUUUUGA